CCACUGCAUUAUCUGUUAAUUUAUUCUGGGGAGAUGAUGUGACGAAACUUGCCGAUCGUAUAAUGGAGACGCGUCUCAAAUUAGUCGAAAUCAAUUGUCACGUGAAAUAAUUAAAGUCAAUAUUGCCUUUUAAAAUAAUUUAAGUCAGUUAAUAACCCCGCAAUAUGAUACCAACGUCAUCGGUCGUACCGUCAGCCUCUAGGAAUUUUCUGAUGCACUGCCUGAAUCACGUCCACUAGGAAUAACUAGCUUUUGUAAACAGUCCGCCAGCCCCCUCCCUCAAAAUAGACCCAAACAUCAGAAUUUAGAAUUCUCCCCAAAUAGACGGAAACAAUUUUCGCCGGCUUUCUACACAAUAAACCUUGACGAAUGAUCCGUAAACAUCUGAUAAUCACCUUGGUGACUCCCACAGCAAUAGUUUGACGCACCUCGUGUACUACGAAACGUCCUAGAGGUGGAAAUUCUUCAGAUGCUUCAAUUUUUCAUGCUUUUCACGCAUUCCAGGGGUCUAACUGCCUCUGCUCUAUUAGGGAUAGGUCAGGAGGACAACCGAAGUCAUUUUUUAAAGUUAAAGAAUUUCAAAUGCAUGAAAUAUGAUGAUUUUCCGAAUUACUUUCCAUCAGAUUUUUUAUUUUAUAAAAUUUCACCAGACUGUUAAAUAAACAGACCAUUCACCCAUAGCAGAUAAAUAUCUAGGUAUAAUAAAAAAUUACUUAUUUAAUAUACAUAAAAAAAACUUUUUGAUUCAAAUUUUUAGUUGAUUUGAAAAUUCAUUUUAUCUGUCUUAAAUGAAUAUUUACAUGAAUUCAAUGUUUUUCGGAAGGCACAAGAUAAGUUUUUCCAGGAAAUUAUUCUAAAAUCAUUAAAACAUACUUAAACAUCACUUUUAUACUACUUAAAAAUCAAUUUCAAUAUCACUUGGAGAAAACUUUGAGAUUACGCGUAAUCAGUAAUCAUUACCUCAUAGUAAGUAGUGAAAAUACGGACUAUAAUAGGCCGGACAUCACGAUGACACUGGGUGCAACGGUCUUAGAGUCUCAGUAACAUCAAUCGAAUCAAUCUCUAACGGAGACAAGAACUGUUGCCCAUAUUCUCGUCGGGGUAUUCCUCCUCAACUGUCACUAUGUCCCAAAUUUCGUGUUGGAGUUCUCUGCUGGUAUUGCUGGUAUUGGCCUGUGGAAUCCACAAUGCUGAGAGCUGCUCUUGCAAAACUGAGCACAUACAUACCCAAUAUUGUAAAGCUGAAUGGGUUGCUAUUAUGACCAUCCAAGACAUCAUAAACGAGGGUAAAUACGUCAAUUAUCCAGUUACAGUUCGCGCAGUUUCGAAGGAUCCUGCUGGUGUGCUCACAAAAGGAACCGCAGUCUUGAUGAGUCUACCAGCUUGUACAGUGCCCAUGAUGGUAAACGAAACAUGGCUUCUUGGUGGUAAGUCACACCAAGGAAAGUUAUUCAUCAACAGUUGCACCCUGGCAGUAUCCUCGAAGGAGAUGGAAGAUAAGGAGUUCCGAAUGUUCGAUCAGUUCAAGAAGGGAGACUGCGAUUGUAGGAUCGCGGAAGAGCCUGAAAAUGGUAGUGGAAUAUGUACCUUGGCGAGUGAUGCAGCAGUCUCCAGCUGCCAAGCUGAACAUGCCAUAUGCGCGAAAUUGAAUGACGGUUGCGGAUGGGUGUUCCCCUUGCGAUAUAUGCAGUGUCUCGGGCAAAAACGGGCUGAAGUCACGAGUGUCAAGGCCCCAGUUGAACCAAAGGUAAAUCUGCCAGAGGCGAUAUAUGAGGAGAUAGAUGAGUCAAUGGUGAUAGAUGAGCUUGAAGAGGCACAAGCUCAAUGGGUACAGGUGGUGCCUGUGAGGAGGCUUGUAAGGUACGAGGUACAAGAGCAGGGAUUGUAUCCUAUUCAAUCGACUAGAAUACAUCGUCUUCAAACGCAUCAAAUGUAUCCCGUGCACUUGAUGGAGAAGAUUUCAUUUUACCCUGCACAUCAGUAUGAAAUGUAUCAACGACAAAACUUUCAACGUCAUUCAGGAUGGAACUUUAGAAUUCCCUAUGCUCGGCAAUAUGUCCCAAUGUGGUAGCAACCAUUUAGGAGAUAUAAUUGAUUGAUUAUUGUUGCUGUGGAACGUUCACAGAAUUUAUUGAAUAAAUAUAUCAUUGAUGAAGCUUCCAGUUUUUUUAAU